AUGAUCGGCAUGAUGAACGUUCCGUGUGAAUCUCCCACCGAGUUCUACGCGGCCCCAAAGACCUCUACCUCACAAUCAUUACCUAGUCCACGAACAGCCCAAAAACAGUUAAGCUGGUCCAGAAAGUCGUCAAAGAGAAUAUCAGUGUUUGUCAAGAGGAGACUAAGUCAUCAAGUAGAUUACCUAAAGGAUGGAAGGAAGGUCAGGGAUGGAGAACUUAUGGAAGUAAGGCUUUCACUUAUUUCUACAUGUUAUCAAUUCAUUUUAAUAGGAUAAAAAGGUUUAUUUUAGAGUUUACAUGAAUUGUAAGCUUUAAUUUUUUCAUUUUUAAAUUUAAAAAUUCAAAAAAAUAUUGAUUAUUUAAUAAUAUUCAAUUUUCAAAAUUAAAAACCGUAUUUUAGAAAGAAACAGCACCGAAAAUGUGGGAGAAACUGUUAGUACGAUCGUUUGUGCACAAAAUCGAAGACGAGAUUCAGAGUCCAGUAGAAGAAAAGACAGAUCCCUUCAUCGACUACAGCAAACAACCUCAAGUUUGUGCCGAUCCCAUCCCACAGUAUACGAACUCCACCUGGUCCUUGGCCACGAAUCAGAAGCUAGAACGAGCGAACGAGCUACAGACAGAACGACCUCGCUCCAAAAGUUGUGACGAUGAAGUGGUAUUGGCAAAUUCCUCUUUUUAA